AUGAAUAAACUGGAGGUUGACGCUUACUUUGAGCUUCUUGAAAUCAUAUUGACAGUAGACGAUGAUGUAUUGAAACCGAGUUGUAUCUUCAACAUGGACGAGACUGGUCUUCAGCUUAAUAAUCGACCAGGGCAUGUUUUAGCUGAAAAGGGUUCUAAGGCUGUAUCUACAGUUACUUCCACUGAAAAGGGAGAAACGAUUACAGUUAUAGCCAGCAGCUUGCUGAAGGAGCAAGAAGAAAAUACUAGUAACAUAGCUUCGCUAAUCUGGAACCAGUUCCAAAUACUUUCGAAGUGCGACAAGACAUAUCACCUGCAAUCGCUGAACCAAAUAGCUCUGUUGAGCGAAUAG